UACAGGUCCCAGAGGGCGCCGCGCGGGCUGGCUGGCAGGCAGGCGGGCAGGCGGAGGAUGGAGGCAGUUUUUGCUAAGUGUGAGAACCAAAUACCUGGCUUUUCUGAACUACUUGAGGAUUUUCCAGACACAGAAGAGCCUACAUGGAUUCUGGGAAAGCAAUAUCACCCCAAAACAGAAAGAUCUGAACUCCUCUCUGAUGUCAAGUCAAGGCUUUGGUUUACAUAUAGGAAGAAGUUCUCCCCUAUUGGAGGAACUGGCCCCUCUUCUGAUGCUGGCUGGGGGUGUAUGCUACGCUGUGGGCAGAUGAUCCUGGCACAAGCAUUGAUAUGCAAGCACCUUGGCAUAGAUUGGCGAUGGGAGAAAGGCAAAUGGCAGCCGGAGUCUUAUUACCGGAUUCUACAGUGCUUUCUGGACAGAAAGGAUAGUUGUUACUCGAUUCACCAAAUGGCUCAGAUGGGCGUGGGGGAGGGCAAAUCUGUAGGGGAAUGGUACGGACCCAACACAGUGGCUCAAGUCUUAAAGAAGCUUACAUUAUUUGACGACUGGAAUGCACUGGCAGUUUACAUUUCUAUGGAUAAUACUGUGGUUAUUGAAGAUAUCAAAAAAUUGUGCAAAAAUAGGUCUGAGAAUUACAGGCUACAAACGGAGACGUCUCUGUACAGAGGUGAUGUUACCAAAACCCAGGCUGCAUCUGUGCACCAUCGAGACUGGAAACCACUUUUGCUGAUUAUACCACUCCGUAUGGGAAUAAACCACAUCAAUCCGGUUUACAUCAACGCGUUAAAGGAGUGUUUUAAGAUGCCUCAGUCAUUAGGAGUUUUAGGUGGAAAACCAAAUAAUGCUUAUUAUUUUAUAGGAUUUCUUGGAGAUGAAUUAAUCUAUUUGGACCCCCACACAACUCAGACUGCAGUGGAGACAGAGGACAAUGGGAGUGUGGAUGACUACAGUUAUCACUGCCACCGAGCUCCACAUCGCAUGAAAAUUACACAUCUUGACCCUUCGGUGGCCUUAGGCUUUUAUUGCAACACUGAAAGAGAUUUUGAAAGCUGGUGUAAUUUCGUACAGAAGGAAAUCCUGAAGACACGAAAUUUCCGGAUGUUUGAACUGGUCGAGAAGCAUCCUGCUCAUUGGCCACCAUUUAUACCUGCAACUAAACCUGAUGUACAGACCACAGGUGCAGAGUUUAUCGAACCAGCUGACAAGGUGUUUGAAUCGGAGGAAGAAUUUGAAAUCCUGAAUGUCUAAAGUAUAUGGUUGGAUUCCCUCCAAUGCAUCAAACACUGCUGCUGAGUCACAACCACUGAGUCUCUCCAGUGUUUAUACCAGCUGAGCCGCCUUUUAACAAGUGCCUGAUUUCAUAAGGAUAGAACAAACUUUGCAGCACGAUUGAAGAUAAUGAAAUCAUUCUCAUUCUCUGAGCAACUUGCUUGCCUUGUUUAUCUCCCAACCUCGCGUAUUUCACUUUCCUUUGAACGAAACAAGGAAGGACAGUUUUCCAAAGAUUGGAUCCUCAUCUGUUUUAGGGAUCUAAUAGAAACGAGUGUUAAUUAGAAAAUAUUCUUGAAUGGAUUUGAUGUCAUGGUGCAGGACAUUGAGGAACAAGUGUCCUGGAUUCCAGUUGAAGAGGACUUCUGAUAUAGAAAGAUGAUAGUGUAAACCAGUGCUUGUGGUGUGUUUGUGACAGAGUUGUCACAUAAAUCAUCACACUCUUCAAUAGAUGAGGAUUUCCCCCUUCAACCAGCUGAGUGCUAGACUGCAUGCCUCGUAUUGUACUGAGGAAUCUUUUUUUAAUGCUGCAUUCUCCUUCAACUCUUGAUUUUUUCUAAAUUUGGAGGUAUCUAUAAAGAUUAAUUCUGUUCAUUAAUUUUCAGUAUUACUGUGUUUAAUUCUGUAUAAAUAGUGUAAUCCAUCUUUGGUCAGAUACUGUAUGUACUGAUUCUGCAUUAAAAUGUGUAUAAGACAGAA